GAAGAGGUAGGCAUUACAUAAAAGAAGCCACCUGGAGAUUUCUAAGAUUCACACAAAAACUUCUGGUAAGAAAACUUACUAGAUUUGGCACCUGAUCUUUAGUGAUGGAUCCAGAAGCAACCAUUGUUUAUUUGGAUUAUUUCUAUGCUACAAGCCCAAAUCCUGAAAUUGAGGAGACCCACUCCCAUGUUCCUUAUACAUCUGUCUUCCUUCCCAUCUUUUACACAGCUGUGUUCCUGAUUGGAGUGUUGGGGAACCUGCUCCUCCUGAGUGCACUGUACUUCAAAAAGGGCAGCCGAAGACUGAUCGACAUCUUCAUCAUCAACCUGGCUGCCUCUGACUUCAUUUUCCUUGUCACAUUGCCUCUCUGGGUGGAUAAAGAAGCAUCUUUAGGACUGUGGAGGACAGGCUCUUUCCUGUGCAAAGGCAGCUCCUACAUGAUCUCAGUCAACAUGCACUGCAGUGUCUUCUUGCUCACCUGCAUGAGUGUUGACCGCUACGUCACCAUUGUGUGUCCAGCCCUAUCCAGGAAAUUCAGAAGGAAAGACUGUGCAUAUGGAGUCUGUGCCAGUGUCUGGUUUAUCUCCUGCCUUCUGGGGUUGCCUACUCUUCUGUCCAGGGAGCUCACCCUGAUUGACAGUAAGCCAUACUGUGCAGAGAAGAGGGCUACUUCCACUAAACUGACUUGGGCCCUAGUGGCCUUAAUUUUUACCUUCUUUGUCCCUUUGGUGAGCAUUAUGGCCUGCUACUGUUCCAUCACAAGGAAACUGUGUGCCCAUUACCAGCAGUCAGGAAAGCAUAACAAAAAACUGAGGAAAUCCAUGAAGAUCAUCUUUAUUGUGGUGGCAGCCUUUGUCUUUUCCUGGCUGCCGUUUAAUACUUUCAAGCUCCUGGCUGUUGUCUCUGGGUUGCAGCGAGAACUCUCCUUCUCCUCAGCUUUUCUCCAGCUGGGAAUGGAGGUGAGUGGGCCCUUGGCAUUUGCCAACAGCUGUGUCAACCCUUUCAUUUACUAUAUCUUUGACAGCUACAUCCGCCGGGCCAUCCUGCACUGCUUAUGCCCUUGCGUGAAGAACUAUGAGUUUGGGAGCAGCACUGAGACCUCCGACAGUCACCUCACUAAGGCUCUCUCUAAUGUCAUUCAUGCAGAGGAUUUUUCCAGAAGGAGGAAGAGGUCUGUGUCACUCUAAAAGGGACUGUGAUGUUCCAAGCUCUCUUGGGGGGUUGGAAAGUUAAUUUAUGUCAGUGACAAAGAAAGAGUAAAAGUACUACUGAUGGUAUUUGUAUUGCUUCAUAAAUACAAGGAAGAGUUAAUUUUUAAAGAGGAGACUGAGAAGUCCCAGUGUUUGUGGAUAUAACUAGGCCAUGUGCUAUAUUUUUAGCUGAGUGGCCUUAUUUGACCCUUGCCAAUCAUGUUCACCAGGGAAAAUAGAACUCCUACAUGUCCUUGAACUCUGAGACCAAGGCCCCUGCCUGGACCAGUUCCUUUCUUCAAGAUUAUUAAUGCACAUUCCAGCUUUUUCUUCUCUCAAGAACCAGGCUGCCUAGAUCCACACCACCCUUCAUACUGGGCUCUGAAUGGGACUACGCUUAAAGGAUUCUGCCCAUGUCCCCUGGGUAAGAAAUGUGGUGACAAUGCAGGUAGCAAACAAUGUAAUAUAACUGUGCUCUGUAACUGAUUGUAAUGAAGUACGGUUCUUAAAACUUUUUGUGGUGAUUCUUUACCACCUUCCAACAUUGUCUUUUACCCUAUGCCAUUCCCAAUGACUCUGGCCUGGCAAAAAGCUCAUGAGGUUAAAAUCAUUUUGUGUUUAUGAUUUGGGACUUUAUCACCUGAUCUUCUAGAGCAUUUUAACAAGAAAGCAAGGCUUGACCUUAACUUACUUAUAAUAUGCAGUGGCCAAAAUGUAUCUUAUUGUAAUGGUUUAUAACUACUUUAAAAUGGUGUUUUACUAUGCUUUUCUGUUUUCAUUGCCAUUAUAAAUUAGGAUAGGACUUCGCUUUAAUUACAUGUUUUUUACUUACCCAAUUAUCUAGUUAUCAAAUGAAAAUGUUACUACUAAUAUAAUUGGAAAUCAUCAAAUGCUUAGCUAAAUGCUUGUGUGGACUAUCAUUUUGUAUUUUAAUUAAAAUGUUGAUGCUACCCAUCCCCUUUAACAUCAUUUGCUCUGUGUAUAUAAUUUCAAGAUUUGAUCCAGUAAUAUAGAAAGACAAGAUGCUUUGUAUUCAGUUAAAGUAAAAAGAAUCCAUAAUGAAGAUUUUAGUGGUACUUUAUAUACAUUUUUUUCAAAUCCAGAGACCUUCCUGAAUUCCUUCACCCAAUAAAUGUUUAUUGAGUUGAUUUGUACCUAUAUUCCUUUGAAAGACUUUGAAGUGGAAAGCAUAUAAUUAGCAGCAACCACAAAAGGAUUUGCGGCAGCAAACAUGCUAUUGUAAACAUCUUUUGAUGCAAAAGAAAGUGGGUUGUUUUUUUACCCCCACUGUUGACCCAAAUGAAUUAUUAUUUCACUUCUAAAUAUUAGGAAGAGAAAGCUUAGAAUCUUUUCAGAGACUAGGUAAUUCAAGUUGAUCCUAUGUAACUUUCACAUUAAAAGACAUCUCAAAUAUUGGGUAUCUUCUUAUAUUAUAAUUUAUUUAGAAGUUGAAAAUAAAGCUUUUGGCUAAUAAAUUAGUUUAUUUCUUUUAAACUUUCAUUAAAUGAAAAUAUAAUUUCCUUAUAUAAGUGUUCUUCUAUAUUGCAUUAAUUUCUAUCAACACAUUAAUAUUAGUUUUGUUAUUCUAACAGACUUUUAAUAAUUUAUCAGAUAAAGAAAAAAACUGUAAAUCAUGAGAAAUAAAAUUUAUUGGAAAAAUUUCAAAACUGAAUUUAAACAAAUAGAUCUCUAAAGAUUAAAUAAAAACAAAAUAUAGAAGGCAGAAUUUAAAAACAAAUAAAGCACUAUUACUAGUCAUGAAAAUCAUUGUCUAUGAGAAAUGCUGCCUUAAAAAAAUAGCCCAAUCAAUCAGCUAAGGUAUUUGUUAAGAAAUGAGGAAAAAUCGGAAUUAUUAGGUUUACCUGCAUCUUUACUGUUGGGACAUUGAGCAAAUUGUGUUACUCUCCUAUAUCUAAAUGUAGAUGGUAAUAUCUGUGUCUAUAGUAUUUUUGAGGAUAUUGUAAAACCAAUAAAUAUGAAAUUUUUAAAAUAUUGAGUAAAAAGUUACUAUAUAAAACUAUUUUUAAUUUUUGAAUGGUGCUUAAAAAUUUCUAAACAGAAUAUCAUAUGACAAUCACUCUCAUUUAACAAAUUUUAAGAAUCUGUCUUACUUCUGUUUCAUCUCUUAAGUUUUUGCUGAGAUUAAAUAACAGUGAAGAAAGAUAUAUUGUACUUUUUAAAACUUUAAAUAAAUAUGCUAAUUUUAUACCUUAAAACUAUCUUACUAUAUUUUAUACUCAUAGUGUACCAAUGAUGGAAGGAAAUACAGACAUAAUAUUACAGAUAACCUAACUGGUAGAAAAAAAUUCAAAACUUCAUUGAGUUGGUGUGUUAUUAUGUCACAUAUGGAUUCCUUUGGUAUGAAAGGCAAUUUACAUUAUAAUAGCA